AUGCAGAACGUGACGUCGCAGCGACAUGACUUCGUGGCCAAGUCUCUGCCUAAGGCUGAACGGCAGAGGGCCACCAGGCCGGAGGAGACCAUAGGCACCAACUGUGGCAGCGGCGCGUGUGCAAUAACGGGCAACACCACCACGGCCGACGCGUUCGGGAUUCCGUGUAAUAACGGACGACGGCCACUGGCGCGGCCGUCCACAGCCAAUUGGUCGCAGGGCCCAAACUUGCUGAUGGCCAAAGAGACGGAGACCAACUCGAGUUACCAGCAGUGGGACCCUCUGGAGUUGUUCCGGCCACGGUCGCUGGCACCGUACUGCCGCCCGGAAGAGCCCGUCAACGGUCGCUCCGUGUACAAGGAAAGUUACCGGCCACCCGGCUCGUUCCGUGACCCGUUGCCCGGGGAACAACCCCCGAUCAACGGGUACGGAAACGAUGAUAAGUCCGCCGCGAACGAGGCUGACACCAGCCAAACGUUUCCUCCCAGAGCGCACCAUUACAAUUUGCGUAGAAUAUUGUAA